AUGAAAAGACUAAGGAAGAAGAGGGGGAAGAAAAUUCAAAGACAGAAGGAGCAGGCAAACCGGUCCACCCAAAGGAAUCCGACCAAUACCUCAAGAUUAAGGACAAUGAAGACUCCCAAGGAGAGACGAAUACCAGGAGCCAGGACAAAGAUACGUCAUUCCAAAUGCACCCCAGUCAAGAAGGGGGAAUCUCACGGGACAGAGGAGGAGACGGAAGAUACCAGAAACUCUGGAAGCUACAAGAGGGACAGGUCGGAAAGGAAUCUUGCCGCACCGGAGCCACCAUCUUAUAAGAUGUCAAACGGAAGACAAAGCGCAUCAUCAGGCCCGAAUGUCUCACGAAAACAGAGACAAGACAAGAUGAAUGAGGACAGAACUGAUACACAGAGAAUGGGAAAAAGAGUCUCAAGGCGCAUAACCAUGGAAGGAACCAUCCAACAGGCUGCCAGAACAGGCCAGGGUAGUCUUUCAGGACCAGACAGGGGUGAAGGGCAAAAUAGAAGAAAGGAGGAGAACAAGAACGUGAGAACAAACGAAAAUCUGGAGAAAACUCGGAGAGAUGAAACGUCUCCUCAUAGACUCUCCUUCCCAACCCGCCAGUCGACAGAGGAAGCGUAG